AACGAUCAAAAGUAUUGAUUUUGGAAUUAAAACGCUUAAGAACGUCAACAGUGAAAAAGGCAGCCAGAAUAUAUGUAAAUCAUAAUCUUUCAAAUUAACUAAAUCGCUUCGACACGUUGACACAAAAAAAUGAAAGUCUUGAUUGCAUUUCUCGUUUGCUCGCUGGCUUUUUCAGCCCCUAUUGCAAAAGAUGAAUUUGAUGUCCAGAGUACACUUGACGACUUGGAAGCACUCGGCGAAAGCAAUCUUUUAUCAGAAGAAAAUAAUGAUGACGGGGUUAUACCUAUCGUAAAUGAUGAAACUCAAUUAGAUGCUAAUUUUUAUCCAGAUACCACUCAAACCCCGCCCAAAGUAUACAAGCUUAUUCAAUAUGACACCCAAACAUUAAACAAAAGAAUUCCAUUUGUUCAGGAUGAGAGUUCACUUGCUGAAGAUGAAAUAACUCAAGAAGACGCAACCUCUCAAGAUGAAGAUUCAGCUGUCGAAAAUGACGGUGAUGAAACAUUUGAAAAUGAAGCCUUAGGUGCUCAAGAUGAUAUUCAUGACGCUUCAGGCGUGGAACAGGAUGCUUCAGGCGCUGAAAAUGAUGCUUCAGGUACUGAACAAGAUGCUUCAGGCGUGGAACAGGAUGCUUCAGGUACUGAACAAGAUGCUUUAAGCACUGAACAAGAUGCCUCAGGCACUGAACAAGAUGCAUCAGGCACUGAACAAGAUACUUCAGUUGUUCAAGGUGAAGAAUUUAUUCAAGAACAGACUUCUGAUACUCAAGACCAAAUUCAAUUUGAAACUUUAUUUAACGAAGAUUCUCAAGAAGAUAUGGAAUUCUCGAGAGACCAACAGUAAUUUAAAUUUUAUAAAAUGUAAUAUGUUUGUUACAUAGAAUGAAAAAUGGGUUUAUAA